UCCCUAUAUAGUCUCCUUUAACAAUGGCUCCUAAUUACGUGAUGAUAGUUGCUCUGAUAACAUUUAUUUGCUUUUCACUAUCUUUUGGUGAUGAUGCUAUGUUACCAACGUCACACAACAAUCUCAUAGCCAAACCUAACUGCAAUGAAAGUUGUGGAAAUAUCAGCAUCCCUUUCCCAUUUGGUAUGACCCCAGAUUGCAUUCUACGCGAUCAGUUCCUUGUCACUUGUGAUUACUCCUUAAAUCCUCCCCAGCCUUUUUUAAAAAACAGCAGUAUUGAAAUCAAAAGCAUAUCUCUCGCUGGGCAACUUAACGUCUUAAAGCUCAUAUCGAGAGAUUGUUAUCGUGAUGGGAUAAGAACGAAUAGAAACAAGCCAAUAAUAUCUUUACCAUCAUUGUUAACUGUGAACAACACUGUGAAUAGGUUCAUUGCCGUUGGCUGUGACACAUAUGCCAUUGUUCAGGGUUAUUAUACCAAGUUUGGAGCUAAAAUCGAGUAUCCCUCCUACAUAACAGGAUGCAUGUCCAUGUGUAAGAGUAUUGAUGAUGCUGUUAAUGGUAAUAAAAACUCAUGUUCUGGGGUCGGUUGUUGCCAGACAUCCAUCCCUAAGGGAGCAUGGAAUGUCACCAUAACACUAAGCAGCUAUUAUAAUUAUAACUAUACUAAUAUGACAAAUAACCCUAGUUGCAGCUAUGCUUUUGUGGUCGAUCAAGCUAAUUUUAACUUUUCUAAGAGUUACCUCAGCAGUUUGCAGAACACGAAGAAGCUUCCUCUUGUGCUAGAUUGGGCAGUUGGUGAAGACAAAUGUAAAAUAGCUAAGACAAACUCGACUGCAUAUGCAUGUAAGAGUAACAACAGCUAUUGCCAUGAUGAUUCAAAUGGUUAUCGAUGUUCCUGCAUGCAAGGAUAUGAUGGGAAUCCAUACCUGAUAGAUGGUUGUCAAGAUAUCAAUGAAUGUGUAGAUCCGCAACCAGAUUAUAUGUGUGUCAAAAAUGCCAUUUGCAACAAUACAGAUGGGAAUUAUACAUGCACAUGCCGUCCAGAUUUCAGUGGCGAUGGUUAUACUGAAUGCAAUCGUGACAAUCCUCAGAGAAUAAUUCAGAAUAUUUAUCUUAUUAUAGGCAUUACAGCAGGGGUUGCUUUAAUAGUUAUUAUAGUAUUUGGCUGGUCAUAUACUGCAUUCCAGAGGAGAAAAAUGUCAAUGAUGAAAAAGAGGUUUUUUCAAGAAAAUGGUGGAUUAGUUCUACUGCAACGACUCAAAGUGGAAGAGAGAUCAAGUAAUACUAAUACAGUAAAGAUUUUCACAGCGGAAGAGCUAGAAAAGGCAACUAAUGGCUUUGACAAAGAUAGAGUUGUUGGUCAAGGAGGUUUUGGAACUGUGUACAAAGGAUAUCUAAAAGAUAAUUGCAUCGUUGCCAUAAAAAAGUCUAAGGUAAUUGAUCGCAAUCAAAUUGAACAAUUCAUAAAUGAAGUCCUUGUCCUUUCCCAAAUCAACCAUAGAAAUGUGGUUAAGCUCUUAGGUUGUUGCCUCGAGACGGAAGUUCCACUAUUGGUGUAUGAAUUUAUCAGCAAUGGAACACUUUCUGAACACUUACAUGAUAAAUUAAAGGCGUCAACUCUUUCUUUGGAUAUUCGUCUGAAAGUUGCUGCAGAAACUGCUGGAGUACUUUCCUACUUGCACUCUGCAGCUUACCCUCCUAUCAUCCAUAGAGAUAUAAAAUCAGUCAACAUUCUUUUAGACAAAAACUACACAGCCAAAGUGUCUGAUUUUGGAGCAUCCAGGUUGGUUCCUGCUGAUCAAACAGAGCUAUCUACAUUGGUUCAAGGAACUCUAGGAUAUCUAGAUCCUGAAUACUUGCAAACAAGUCAACUCACUGAAAAAAGUGAUGUAUACAGUUUCGGAGUAGUGCUUGUAGAGCUCCUAACCGGUAGAAAGGCUCUAUGUUUUCAAAAACCUGAAGAAGAGAGAAGUCUAGCUCAAUAUUUCAUAUCUUCAGUGGAAAAGGGUCAUUUGUUUGAUAUUCUUGACGACAAUAUAGUCUGUGAUGAGGGAAAUGUAGGGCAAUUGAAAAAUGCUGCCGUGCUUGCACAAAGGUGCUUAAAUAUUAAAGGGGAUGAUCGACCUAUAAUGAAGGAAGUUGCUGCAGAACUGGAAGCUGGAUCUAGAUUGAAGCACUCGUGGGCUCAAAUUGAUCAACAUUCAGAGGAGAUAGAGUCCUUAUUGCACGACACUCAACCGUUGGGAUUUGGAUACGAAUAUAGUGAACAAAGUGUCCAUAUUGAUAGUAUAACGAGCCACGUAACUUUACCAUUUCCUGGAGGAAGGUGA